GUCUCAAUUUGUAAUUUCGCCAUUCAAGGACAACAUGGGCUUUCGUGCGAUCCAAACGAAAAGCCUAAUGAUUCCGAAACAUGUAGAGGCGGCAACUACUGCAAAGCGGUUCAUGUGAACCACGGUGUUCGCUGCUUUGUGGACGGAAUUAAGCGAAAGGUGACGCAUAAAGAACCGAGAAUGGCGUGAUGAGCGCGAACGACAAGAUCGCGGGCUUACUUGCCUCCUCCGGGUUAGGAACGUGACUUCGGGAGUAACCGUAUCGCCUACAGCAAUUCGGACGAGCAAUUGAGCCUGUAAGUAAGAAUGUUUCUUGGAUCAAGGAGUUUCGUGAAGAAGACGUAGCCAAUGCCAUGACCUACCGAGUUGCCGUUCAAGAUUAAGGUCGCGUUUGUGAUGUUGUGUUUCAAACUCAUGUCCAUUGACUGCGAGAGCUCAACCAUUGCCUGACUAAAGCUGCAGCAGUUCCAAAAGAUCGUCGCAUUCAAGACGCGCUGGUCCAAUUACUAUAGAAGAUCGCUGUCAUCGUUUAGUGCUCUAAUGGGCGAUCUUGAGCAGUGGAUGAAGAAAGGUGUGGAGCCUCACAAUACAAUAUCGAUGCACUUUGGAGGCUAUAAAGGAAAAUCGUAUGGCCUGAAGUACCAUCUUGUGGAUGGUCAAUGGGAGGUGCUGCAUAAUGUCUACAAACGCCAUGUACAAGGCACGUACGACGCUAUCUUGGACAACGACACCUCGUUCCAACUGCGUGCUGCUACCCGCGAGAUACUCUCUGAAAACGCAUCAUCUGAUACACAGCACCACUCGACAUCUCAGCCCCGAAGAGCGGCGACUUUUUCCUCACGAAAGUGA